AAAUAAUCUUUUUAAUUCUGUGAUUCUGGCGAUUCAGUGCACCGAAAACAACUGCUUUGUCGGUCACCAGUUUGUGUCGCGUAUACAUCGACGUCACGGGGUGACGACCCGCCCAGACUGCUAAAACGACCCAAACCGUUAGAGUCGAGACGGGAUAGAAGUGUUCAUUGGGGAAAGACGCUCUAAUUCCGCGUACAAUGGAGAUUUCAAUAUUUACAGUGGAUGCGUUCACUAAUUUACCUUUCAAAGGAAAUCCUGCAGCUGUGUGUCCACUCAUGCAUGAGCUGACAGAUGAUUUGUAUCAGAAGAUAGCAGCAGAGAUGAGCCUGUCGGAGACAGCUUUCAUCACCAGGAUCAACUCCUCUGACACUUUCACCACAGGUCAGGCGAUAAAUGUUACUGCAUUCAUCACCAGGAUCAACCCCUCUGACAGUUUCGCCACAGGAUCGAGGUUCCACCUCCGAUGGUUUUCACCAAUCACUGAAGUGAAUCUUUGUGGUCACGCUACUCUGGCCUCUGCAUCUGUGCUGUUCAAGCAUAUGAAGAAUGAGAAUCCUGUAGUGGUGUUUGAAACAAGGGGUGGAGACCUGGCUGUGUCUCAGCGGGGGGACAGCUACAUUAUGGACUUUCCUCUCAACCCUCCCAUGAAGCAGGAUCCGAAUGAGUUCAGUGACACCAUCAAGGCAAUAGUUGGAAACAACCCUGUCCAGGAUGUUUGUCUGAACACCAACACAAAGAAACUGAUGAUUCGACUAGAUGACAGCUGUGAAAGGUCAGUGCUAACAGGCCUGAAAGUGGAUCCUGCCGUUCUGGAGAGCAGUGAGAAGAGUGGACGAGUCAGAGGAGUGAUCGUCACCGCCAAGGGUUCUCCAGACUGCCAGCCAGGAUACGACUUCUACUCCAGAUACUUUGCUCCAUGGGUCGGUAUCCCUGAGGAUCCAGUCACUGGUUCUGCUCACACAGUCCUGGGUAGCUACUGGUCUAAGGAACUGGGAAAGAAGAAAAUGCUGGCUUACCAGUGCUCGAGUCGCGGCGGGGACCUGGAACUGGAAGCGAGAGAUGAUGGAAGAAUCAACAUAAUUGGACAAGCCGUCACUGUGCUGCAGGGGAAUCUCACGCUGUAGUCAUGAGACAUGAGAACGCAGCGCACAGAGAGUUCAAGAUGCUGAGAUAUUAUUACACAUGAACCUGUGCAGAGGUGCAGACUCAGUCUUUUUAACCAUUUAAUUAAUAUUCAUAAAAAAAAAAUACUGGACAAAGAAUAGUUUUAGAUUUG